AUGAAAGAUGUGGCGCCUAGGAAAUCGACGCUCGAAGAGACCGUAUGCCAACAGGACACAAUAUAUCAGCAUAGAAUGAAUGAAGAAGUUGAAUCACUAAAUAGACGCCUUCUUGAUUUCGAACGUCUCCACGGUAGAACGCUUUAUAAUGCAAUUGGAGCUUUGCGUGUUUGCAACCAGUAUAUAAGAGGUGCGGUGGCCAUGCUGGGCUCUGUUCCAUCAGACUCCUUCGACACCCUCCACUCGUAUGCUAAUACUUUUCAAAUGCCUUUCAUCACGCCUUGGUUUCCUGAAAAGGGUUCCGUGCGUGAAGGAUAA